AUGGCAGCAAAAACCUCCAUUGCUAAAACAAUAACUAAGCUUUAUUGUAGUGGGUCCCCUUCUUCUUUCUCCAAACAUUUGGUCCCACUACCACCACCGUCACUCUCAUUAUCUCCUUCCUUCUUCAGCUCCUCGCCUGCUGUUUCCUCAGUACCCGAGUCUCAAUCAACGCUCUCUUCCCAAGCUCCAGAGAGGGAAAGGUCGAGAUGGUCCAAAUGGCUGCUGUUUCUUCCUGGAGCUGUCUCUUUUGGCCUUGGCACUUGGCAGAUCUUCAGAAGGCAAGAGAAGAUAAAAAUGUUAGAUUACAGACAGAAGAGGUUGGAAAUGGAACCUGUAAACUUCAACAAUGUCUCACUGUCAAGUGAAGAAUUGGAUCAUUUGGAGUUUAGGAGGGUGAUAUGCAAAGGAUAUUUUGAUGAGGAAAGGUCAAUCUAUGUGGGCCCUCGUUCAAGAAGCAUUUCCGGAGUCACUGAAAAUGGCUACUAUGUCAUCACACCUCUUGUGCCGGUCUCUGACAAACCUGAGCGUGUGCAGCCACCAAUUUUAGUCAACAGAGGAUGGGUACCCCGAAGUUGGAAAGAAAAGUCUUCAGAAGUUCAUGAAGAUGGUGAACAACCUUCUAAUGUAGCACCCUCCUCUGUUCAAGAGAAUGAAAGAAGGUCUUGGUGGAGGUUCUGGACGAAGAAGUCUAAAGUCGUUGAGGAUCAGCAGACCCCUGCUUUUGCUCCUGUUGAAAUUGUUGGAGUAGUUCGGGGGAGUGAGAAGCCUAGCAUAUUUGUUCCACCAAAUGAUCCAAAAUCCUCCCAGUGGUUCUAUGUUGAUGUUCCUGCAAUUGCUCGUACUUGUGGCCUCCCUGAGGAUACUGUUUACAUCGAAGACAUAAAUGAAAAUGUCAAUCCGAGUAACCCUUACCCAGUUCCAAAGGAUGUUGGUACCUUGAUUCGGAGUUCAGUCAUGCCUCAGGACCAUCUAAAUUAUACGUUGACAUGGUAUUCCUUGUCUGCAGCAGUUACAUUCAUGGCUUUCAAGAGAUUAAGACCCAAAAAGAGCCGGAGAUAG